AUGACGGACUCCAAGCUGGUCCACCAGCUGCUCUCGGCCACCUCAGACUCCCUCUCAGACCGGCUCAAACUGGCCCCGCGCCAGCAGGCCUACCUAAGCCCACACCCCCCGAACUCCGACCAGCUCAGCACCACCACGCCCAUUAAUAAAUGGGAUAAAAUCAUGAAUCAUGUCCCCCGCAACACUAUCAACCUGCACACCAGCAAAGUGAUUGCCAAGCUCUGCAAGGGGAUUGCAGAGUGA